CUUCACAAUGAAGUGGAUUGAUGAAGAAGGUGACCCCUGCACUGUCUCAUCCCAGCUGGAAUUAGAAGAAGCAUUUCGGCUGUAUGAGCUGAAUAAGGAUUCUGAACUGAUCAUUCAUGUGUUUCCCUGUAUACCAGAACGACCAGGAAUGCCUUGUCCUGGGGAAGAUACGAGCACACUGUGCGUUUUGUACUGAUCGGAUCUGGGGCCUAGGUCGUCAAGGCUAUAAAUGCAUCAACUGUAAGCUUCUUGUCCAUAAGAAAUGUCACAAACUGGUUACAAUUGAAUGCGGACGUCAUGCUAUCAGCGCACAUCCUACUCAUUAUCCUUGGGGAAGUAGUGAUCAGGAGCAUAUGAUUCCAGGUGCUGACAAUGCAGAAAAUAUUGCACCAGUUAUUCCGUACAAAUCUUCCAGCCAAGAAAACCUGGACCAUGUUGGUGAGGAAAAAGAGGCCAUGAGCAGCAGGGAAAGUGGAAAAGUUCCCACGAGUUUAGGUGUUCCAGAUUUCGAUCUAAUCCGUGUCAUCGGAAGAGGUAGCUACGCUAAAGUCCUCCUCGUUCGACUGAAAAAGACAGAGCGCAUUUAUGCAAUGAAAGUUGUGAAGAAGGAACUGGUUAAUGAUGAUGAGGAUAUCGAUUGGGUACAGACAGAAAAGCACGUGUUUGAACAGGCAUCGAAUCAUCCUUUCCUUGUAGGACUGCACUCCUGCUUCCAGACCGAGAGCAGGCUAUUUUUCGUCAUAGAAUAUGUGAAUGGUGGAGAUUUGAUGUUUCAUAUGCAGAGACAACGGAAACUUCCAGAGGAGCAUGCCAGAUUUUAUUCUUCAGAAAUCAGUCUGGCCUUAAACUAUCUUCAUGAACAUGGGAUCAUUUACCGAGAUUUGAAACUAGAUAAUGUCUUGCUGGACUCUGAAGGGCAUAUUAAAUUAACAGACUAUGGAAUGUGUAAGGAAGGCUUGAGGCCUGGAGACACAACCAGCACAUUCUGUGGUACUCCCAAUUAUAUUGCUCCAGAAAUCCUGAGAGGGGAGGAUUAUGGUUUCAGUGUGGAUUGGUGGGCUCUGGGUGUGCUGAUGUUCGAGAUGAUGGCAGGCCGAUCACCUUUUGACAUAGUGGGGAGCUCAGAUAAUCCAGAUCAGAACACAGAGGAUUAUCUCUUCCAAGUCAUUUUGGAAAAACAAAUCCGUAUUCCACGCUCCCUCUCUGUCAAAGCUGCUAGUGUGUUAAAAGGAUUUCUCAAUAAGGAUCCUACAGAGCGGCUUGGAUGUCACCCACAGACAGGAUUUGCUGAUAUUCAGGGUAAUCCUUUCUUCCGCAACGUAGACUGGGACUUGAUGGAACAGAGGCAAGUCAUUCCACCGUUCAAGCCGCAUAUUUCUGGUGAAUAUGGACUUGACAACUUUGAUUCCCAGUUCACCAAUGAACCCGUCCAGCUCACUCCAGAUGAUGAUGAUGCUGUAAAGAAGAUUGACCAAUCAGAAUUUGAAGGCUUUGAAUAUAUCAAUCCCCUUCUGAUGUCAGCUGAGGAAUGCGUCUGACCGACUAGAAUCUGUGCAUUGUGGCCAGUGCCUCCAACCUUGCAUGUGAAUGAGCUGCAAAACGUGAAUGUCUUGCUUUAUGAGCAGAAACCUUUUUUUUUAAAUGCAGCUAAUGGUUUGAGAAAGCUCAUCUCACUCAAUUCUGAUCCUGCAAAUGACCAAUGAAUACCUGCAUAUGUCUGUUCCAACUUAAACUAGUUUGCAGGCAUGUUGCCUGAGUUCUCAGCCACUGCAACUGGAGAUAGAUUACCUAUCUAUCCCAAUAUUUUCUGCUGACACUAUUAACUUGAUGAACAGGAUAUUUUUGUUGGGGAGUAAGUGUUAACUUACCUAAGAACUGACUUGCUUGUAUUUUUUUUUCCAUUGGGAUAUUAGGUGGAAGCUAACUUUAGUCUCUUAGUGUUAUAGUAACCUUUCUCUGUAUGAUUUAAGGGAUUCAUUUGCUCCCCUAAGACUCAUCUACCAGCCUGUGGCUAGUAGUAUUACUCAGGGAGAUGACAGCUGAUAGCUUUGACAGAAAUGCUUUUGUUGGGAAAAUAUUACCCUUAUCCACUGGAAAGGUAUGUUUAAGAUGAGAAGAAAAACAUUUCAAGCAUUACUUCCAAUUACUAAGACAAUGCCAGCAAUAUAAUUUACAGAAACUUGAGUAGUGGAAAAACUGAUGGCAUUUAUCUCAUUUGACAAUUAGAUUUUUUUUCUAAAUUCAGAACACUUUGGUACCACAUAAAUGAGAAUUACAAAAAAAAAGUGCACAUACUGUGACUAUACUCUUGUCUGCACUGAUGUGAAGGGUGUCUUAUAUAUGUGUAAACAGCUAAAGUUUUCUUUUCACCACGUUUCAUUGAUUGAAGCUUUCAGACUUGACAAUAUAGUGCACUGCAGCUGAGCAUCCUGGAUUGUACAUCAGAUAAGAAGCUAUUCAAAGCUGUCACUAUUAUACUUCACAACAUAAAUGACUAAAUUGUCUUUUCUGCCUCUUGCAAUUUGUAAUGGCUGCAGCUGAUACCAGGAAAGCAAAGCAAAGCUUUCCGAGGAAUUGCUCAAAUAAUUGGAAAUAAAAAAUGCCGUCAUAUUGUUUUUUCCUUUGCCUUUACCUGGAGAAAGAGCCCCCAUUUCAAAAUGUAAUAUUAACUAGUGUUUACUAGAAUAUAUUUGGCUAUGUUUGAAAAAAUUUUUUUUCUUACAUUCUUGCCCCACAGGAUUUUCAGACUUGAGUAAUUUCAUGUUAGGAAGCAGAGCAAAGCUAGUUAUGAAUUCCUAAACAAAUCAGUUUGGUAAUAUUCAGCAACUUCACUUGUGACAUUUCCCAUUCCAGAGUUCUUUCUGUUUUACAAUAACACAGAAGGAUCACCCAUUGUCCCAUGUAAAGAAAUUCCCUGUCGUCAUGCUUGCCAACUUGCAAUUAUAAAUUUAUAUCAGAGACAAAAUCUCAAUUUAAUGUGUUUUGUUCUUCUACUUAUUUGUGUUGAUAUGGCUUUCUUUCCCUCCCACCCCAUGAUAUUAGUGCACUGUAGUGUCGACAGUUUUGAUUCUAUUUUAGAAAUGAUAUGUUGUAAUUUUACUGAAUUUGGGAAGUGUUUUCAUCUGGUCAUGAUGAACUCCAGUACUCCUUAGUUUCUUUUAUGUUCCUGCCUUGUCCACACCCACUCUCACUUCAGAUUUCAGUAAUUGCAUUCAAUACUUGACAUGGCUACUCAGUUACUUAACUUCUUGAAAGAGAAUUCAUUGUACCAAGUGCUGCAUUAUCCUAAAUGCUGCGAAAAGGCAUGACCACAGACUUAGCAAUAUUUCAUGUUCCUCUCAACAUUUCAUGUUUCUCUUUAAAACUGCUGCUUACAGUCAGCAUACAUUUUUUCCUACUUGCCAAGCGCCUUGUUUAAAAUAGCUGAAGAAGUUAAAUGUGCGUUUAUUUUUAAUUACUUGGGAUUCAGGAACUGCUUAUGGUAUUUUGGUGUUGCACUCAACGAUUCCAUCCAUUGUUCUGUGCAAGUAAAAGCCAUUCUCAUUACUUAUGACUAAAAGUGACUGCUAUUUAUCGUGCUCAGAGUCAUUUGGUUUACAUGAAUUAAUAGGUCAAAUUCUGAUGCAUUCCAGAAUAUUGGGGUAUUUGGGAGACUGUAUCUUUCAAUGUCAUACAUUCUUUGUAAUGAUAAAAGUGGGUUUGCUGAUUGUCAGAACAUUCCACUACAGUGAUUAGUGGCAGUGCAUAGUACACUAUUAAUACCUAUCAAUUUGAAAGCACAUAAUUGCUUAAGACAAAUUUGAGAAAUACCAGUGGGUGUAUUUUUUAGGAUAAUGGCACUGUUCAAUAUGCUGCAUGUCCUCUUUAAAUCUGUCAUGCAUUCGAAGAUGCUAUCAUAGAGAUUAGAUCCUUCAGGUCUUUAGCUUUUUGAGCACUGGUAAUAACACUAUUUUCUACUUAUUUAGAGAGAUGAAUGUUACCAUGCAGAUGCUGGCAGCCAUCAUGACUUGCACAAUUAUUGAAGUUUACUAUUGUCAAGCUGAAUGUUAAAUAAAACAGAGCUUCUGGAGCCAGUUGAUAUUUUUCCAAACUCUCGAUCUUCCUCUUCCCCACAAAGCCAGCUGUCCAUCAUUUCCUACUGAAGGCAGCAAAUCUUGCUGGCAAACGAAAGCUGGGAAUUUAACAAAUUGGUAUUCUUCGUGUGAAAGAUGGUGAGUGCUGGCAGGUUAUUAAACUAUAAAUUAUGGGAAGCGGUGACCAGUCAUUGCCAUGAUGGAAACAUUAACACUUAUACACCAAGGUGAUGGAAAACAGCUGAUUUAAUAUUUAUUAACUUGGGUUGCUGGAAUGUACAAGGCUCAGCCCAUCGGAAUGAAUGUCAAUCAGAAUUCAGCACUGCUUGUUUUUUUCUUAAAAUGCCAGUAAGCUGAUGACGUAACUACGUAGGUAUUGGGAACAUGCCCAGCCCCAGACAAAUUGCAGUCAAAGCACCAUAUUGUUACUCAGAUUUACAGGAGAAUUGACGGGUUUAUGUAAUACAAAGAAAUUAUUUUGCAUUUUUGUAGGAAGCAGUGCUUGAUUGUGUACAACUACCAAGAGCAAGUUGAAGUUCAGUGGUUGAAAAUUAAUAGAGAUUUUAAAAAUUUUGCAUUCAGAAUGAUUAGUAAAACUAGAGAGUCACAUCACAUUUUAUACAUGCACUAAGUAUUUAACUCCUCCAUGGUAUGUUCAUUUUUAAAUUGUUCUUGUUCCCUCAUCCCUCAAAGAAUCUUAAUUGGAUUGAUUUUGAGGUGAAAAAUUAAUUUAUGAGCUACUGGAAUAGGCUUUUCCAUGAUAUGGGUUACUGGCCAUUCAAAGACAUGGUUCAUUCUGAACAGGUAAUGCUAUUUCCAAUGAUUGACAUGAGUAAUUCAAAUAAUCUGGUGCAGGAAAGGUAUCUAUCUACAUGAUCUAAUACACCAUACUACAACCUAAACACAUGGCAUAGUGCCCAUGCUGUUACUGUGUUUGGAAUAUUACAAGUUAGUUUUAGUAAAAUAACAGUACUGGAAAUACUUGGCAGAUGUUAUAGAAUCUAUGGGAGUUGUGCUUGCAGGUUAAGGCCCAACCAGCGGUUGGUGUUAAACAGCACCAACUUGUAUCAAUCGUAUCUCCUACCUAACCUUAUUUCCAUUCAGGUUCCUUUAACAUUCGAAGGAGUAGAAGACAAAUAAAGUAACUCUUCUAAAUAUUUACCAUCUCUAGUACUAACUUAUGCCCAUUUAACAGACAUAAAAAUUGAGAUUUGAACAGUCACACUGGACCUUCAAAUUUUAUGGUCUGAAGUCUGUUGCUGAUCGUAAUUGGUGAAAUUUGGAAUCAGAAAAUUGAGGACUUAGCAGUUUAACACUAGCUUUUUCAUUCGUAUAUCUGGUUAGUGGUUUAAAAAUGAAUAAAUAUUGAUUUAUUUAAAUUGGAGCAUUGCAACAUAGUAUCAAGUACGCUCUGUUUCUGGGAUCUGACUGUUACUCACACCUUUUUCCUAUUAUUGCCCUGCUUAAUGCUCUAGAUGUAUUUUUCAAAUGCAAGUUAAUUUGUACUAAUUCCAAUGCUUUCUCUAUAUGGGGACAUGCAUCUUCUGUUUGCUUUGUAGCUACUUAGUGAAAACUACUGGUUUGAAUUUUACAUUGCUAGUCUGAAAGAAUAUUUAGUUUUAUGCUGUAAUGUGUAAUAAUGUAAUAUCCUCCAUCAGUUCAUUUCGACUAAAAUGUGGGCAAAUAUAGUUUGUUAGAUCCAGUAGCAAGGAUUGGCUUUGAGACCAUAAUUUCUCAUAUACGCUGGCACGGAGUUAAGUGGGAAUCUUGUCAGUUUGUGAAUUGAUGUUAGUGUUUCAGUUUUUUUAUAAAGCGUAGUUUCUUUCAUCAGGCAGUCUUUUUGACUUUUUUUAAACUUGCAUGGUGUCUUAGAUUAUUUCCUAAUAAUCACAAUAAUUUGUUUUACUCUUUAAAGUUGGCAUGUAACAUUGUGUUUUUUGAUCAUUUUGAACUGAAGGAAGUCCCUAUUCUCUACCGUCCAUCUCAAGACAGAACCUCUGUCCUGUCUUGUUUGCGUAUUUCAUAGUGAGGUUCAUUAUAAUGGAUUAGCUGCUCCUUAGGCUGGGAUGUUCACUUUGUGGUAAUGUACCAGGGAAACAAAUACAAACUCUGACAUUAUAGCAAGAGACCAAGAAUUAGUCUGUUUUCUUACAGGUGUACAUUGAAUAAUAAACAUUAUUUUGGUGUGGGAGGUGGGAGUGUCAUCAGUUUGAUUCAACUUAAUAUGCACAUUCCUUCCAUGAGUUCAUUAAUCCAUUAUACUGAGGUUGUAUAUAAUAAUUGGAUAAUAGGUAACAGGCUCUGACUUCAGGCGCACCUGCCCUCUAUAAACUCUUACUGUAGUCCUGCCAUUCCUAUUGUGGCAAUUUCCUGGAAGGCGCUAAAGUUAUUAGCUGAUAUUUGUGCAUUAAAGACCCACUUUAUAGACUUUUAGAAGUUGCAAAUAUGUACAGAUGGGAACUUAUCUCGAUUUCUACUAUUGCCGGUGAAUUGUAGAGAUCUCCCCAUCGAUUGAGUUUAAAAAACACCCCCUAGCGAAAGAUUCAUUGGACUUUUAAUGUUAAGGUAGUUGUUUUCUCAGUCAUAAAUGUUCUCAAAAUUUAUGUGGGAGUUGAGCUAGCUUCUGCAACAUACCUCCGAUGAGUUGGUAGCUUUCUGUCUUGUAUUAGCUUGUUAGCUAUACUGUCUGAAUAACUCUGCUGAAAAACACCUCGAGUAUUUUCAUAAUCUCAUUCCUUGAAAGUAAAGUAGUGAAUUCAGGCCUUAAGACUCUAAAAUCUCUGACAUCAGAAGUUGGCUCUUUCUUUUUUGAGGUGGGGGGGAAAGCCCCAGCCCACCAAAGCAGAGUCGUCUUUUCUGGAGUAUUGCAAUGGAGAGAGCAAAUCUGGAAUCUGUCCAGGUAAUUGUCUAAAGAAUGAUUCCACAUGUUAAUGUUAACAGCUUAGCAGUCAAUUAUAAAUUGUGGAAAGUAAUCUCUGCCAUGGUCGGACUGCUCUAAACCGAUUUAGAUUAGAUCCUGGAACGUAGGGCUGGCGAAUGAGUUUGCUCCAUGCUUUGCAUCUUGAACACUGAUUUGUCAAGGAAUAUUGAGUUAUGGAAUAGAGAUAACAAGGUAUAGAACUGGAUGAACACAACAUGCCAAGCAGCAUCAGAGGAGCAGGAAAGCUGACGUGUUGGGUCUGGACCCUUCUUCAGAAAUCAGAAUUCUUCAGAAAUUUCCUGCUGCUCUGAUGCUGCUUGGCCUGCUGUGUUCAUCCAGCUCUACACCUUGCUUUCUCAGAUUCUCCAGCAUCGGCAGUUCCUACUAUCUUUGAGUUAUGGAAUAUGUUUUAGAUCUGAUAUGUUAGAAAAUUUAGGUUUGGGGCUUGCAUUAGUGUUGAAUGAAAUUGCAGGAUGGGGUGGUGGGAGGGGCAAAUUACAAUGCUGAAAUAUUUGCUUAAGUAUGAUGAUGUAAAUGUAACAGUACUACAUGUUACAUGGUAGUUCAAUGGUACUUAUUUACAUGCUGAGCCAUAAGUAAUCAUGGGCACAUACGUGGUUCAGUGAAAGUUAGAAAAGUCAAGAAUGCAAACAGGCAAUUCUGCCAAGUUCCAAGCAUUUGUUGCAAAACCUCUUGAGGUAUCCAGUUAUUCUUUGAAUUAAAAAUAGGUUUAUUUGAUUAAGGAGCAAAGGAAUUCAGAUUGGAACAGUUACUUUGUCCGUUCUAAGUACAGUGUUCUUUUCUUCGAUUUACAAUAUCUUUCCUUUGCCUACCUUUUUUGUGAUUAACUCAUCAAGAUUUUUCUUUAUUUACAGAAAAUAUUUUUUAUACUUUUGAUGCACAGCAUAAUUACUACGUUGCUGCAGUUUUCUGAAAGUAAAGGAGAUUUAAUGGAAGUGUUAAGAAUCAGAUCAUUUUUCAUUUACUGUUUAUUCACGUGCCAAAAUAUCAGCAAAAAGAGAAAAAGAUUUUUUUAAUUGAUGUGGAUGAAUAGUUUUUGUGCUUUUAUAAAGGGGGGAUGUGGGAAAUGAAUUUCAAAAGUAAAUAUGAAGGGAUUAUAAUUAGUCAACUUGAUACAUUUCACACUCAAAAAGUGAACAUCUUUUUAAUGAGGCAUUUUCAAUCUGGAACAUAUUUAGUUGGGAAGUAAUAAUUUCAUGUUAAGGAUGCCACAGUCAGAGAUUGAUUUGUUAUUUUUUAAAUCCCAUGUAUACUUGGAUAAAGGAGAGUUUGAGAAAGUUGGGGUUUGGUAUUUACCUCGAGCUUGCAUAGCACCUUCAUCAUUUCUCUCAUCCUUUUCUCUUCUACAACAGCACCUGGCUUUUUGCACUGAAACUAAAGCCAUUAAUCUCUCAAUUAUGUCACAAAUGAAUAGUAUCAAUUAUGUGUAGUGUUAUUAGGUGUGGUCAGGCGAGUGCUGGCAGUUGUUUGAGAUGAGUAUCACUGUUGAGUGUGAUCUUUGUCUUCACUUAACUACUGUAUAGUAAACUCUCAUUAAGGCACAAAAUUAGUAAUUAAGAAUCCUAGCUGGUGUAAUUCGCCAGCACACGUUUUCUGCCCCUCCCCUAUCCCCAAGUUGCAGUAACCCUUCCCCACCCCAAAAGCACCUUAAUUCACAGGCUAAAAUGCAUCUGUCUGUAGGAGCAGCAGUGGACCAUGCGGCCCCUUGAGCUUCCUCUAUCAUUUGAUACGAUUAUGGCUGAUUUUGUGUCAGUUCUACUUCCAUGCUCGCUUCCCAUGUACCUUGAUUUCCAAAGAGACCGAAUACUUGUCUAUCUCAGUGUUGAAUGCACUCAACAAUUGAGCAUUCACAACUCUAAGCAAAAACAAACCAAAGAACUGCGGAUGAUGGAAAUCAAAAACAAUAACAGAAAUCGCUGGGAAAAACUCAGCAGGUCUGGCAGCAUCUGUGGAUAGAAAGAGGAGUUUAUGUUCUGGGUCCAGUGACCCUUCUUCAGAACCCUCUUUGGAGAAUUCCAUAGAUUCAUAGUCCUUUUUAUCAAGAAAGUUCUCAUUCUUAAAUGAUCCUAAGGCUGUUCUCCUAUCUUUGAGAUUCUCCAGUCAGGGAAAGCAACUUCUUAGUACCUACCCUGUCAAGUAAUUUCAGAAACAUAUGUUUUUCAAUUAGAUCACAUAUUGUUAUUCUACACUUCAUUAUUAUCCCUGUGUACUCAGUCUGUCAUGUUGCUUGACAGAACCUGUAGUUAUGUCUGUCCCUUGAUUGCUGUUCAACAGACAAUCAUUCUUUAUCAUUUCAUCGACAUCCUCAAUAAACGUUAAAUUUAGUUAAUCAUGGACAACUGUUGUUGCCAAGGCCUGGAAAAAGGAUUUAAUGUCACAGGAUCCCUAGCCCUUUAAUUGGCAUUUAAAAUGAAAGCUGCUGCCUGACCUUGUCAUUGUGGUGCAUGUUUUUUUGGGAUGGGUGGAAUACAACCUCUAACUUGCCUGUAAUAUUGUAAUCUGUGAGUUAGCAGAUCUGCUCCCUUAUGUCAUGCAAAUCAUAACUGAGCUAUGUGAUUUGGCAUGUGCAAUAGCUCUCAAAUGUGUACAUUUCAGCUAAAGUUUUCUCCACUUCUUCAGUUGCUAGCCCAUAAUUUCCCAAGUGAAGUGAAUCAUGAACUGACCAGUGCAAAAGUGAAUUAUCCCGGCCACCUUCUGUCAUACAAUGGCAAAUUCAUAAGGUUACAUAUAUACCCAUAUCUGAACAUUAUCUGAUCUCUUGUGCUACCUAUAAUUUGUAGCUUUGCAUGAAGCAUUCUCUGUAUACUAAUGUCAGGCUCUAAUUCAAGACUAAAAAUUGCACCAUUAAGAAGAAUGAUGUUGAAAAUUAAAUUAAAAAGAACUGCAUUUUCCACACAUCUGUUUGAACUUUUACUUUCAAGGUUAUUCGAUGUACCUGUGAUGUCACAGUCACUUAAUUUGAUGUUCAAUCUAAUACAAAAGCAAUAGUGCUUUCUGAAAUAGUUUUGUAUUGUUUCCAACCUGCAUGAACAUUGGAUUCCUAUAUAAGGACCUUGAAGGAAUCACCAAAAAAUAUGCGGGAACCUGUGACUAAUUUUUAAACAUGGAUUGUAGUUCUUCACCUCCAUUACUAAUGACAGCCGUCAGAAAUGUGCAUUUUAAUUAUUGCUGUUAAUGGCUUUAGCACCAAUGAUAACGUAAAUUGGAUUUUGAACUUUCCACCUUAUUAUUUAACCCAACUUAUGUUAAAACAUAAUUUGGACAAGAGAGGAGUUGUCCAUUUGGGAGUGACAUUUGAAGUUUUGAUUUGGAUGUUUGUAUUUCAGUCUUGUUUAAGUGAAUUUGUAUUUGUCUUCUCAGAGAUUGUACUAAUUUGUAACUUUACAAGAUAAUCCUGUAAUGGAUUUAUGGCAACAAUGAGCAAUAAUUUGUUUCAAUUCAGGGUUACAUACCUGGAAUUGCCACGAGAGAACUACAACUUUCUUUAAGCAUAAAUGAAAUUUUCAUAGCGUACCGCACCAUGGGUUGUUUUGAGUAUAGGUUCCGUGUGUGAUUGGCUUGAUCUGUUUGUGAACUUUCUGUUCAGCUGUUAAGAUGAAGCUGAAGUGAUUCCUUAAGUUUUGUUUAUCAGGAAACUUUUAUGAAAGAGGUAUUGCCACCCUCAGUUCUUGUAAGUUUGCUGCUUUAUAUGUUCAGCACGUACAGAACUGCAGCCUGUCUGUGACCUGAGAUUAGUUUGUGGUGAACUGUACUGCUGUAAAUAUUUUCAAUUAGGCCAUUUUCUCUUCUGUGUUGUGCUCCUGUGGACCUUUUAAUGUUCAUCAUUUUGAUUUUACUUGCAUCGAUUUGUAUGUUUCCUUAUGUUUGAGUGUACAUAAAGAGCAGGUGCAACAAAGGUGAAAUUAGACCUUGCAAUAAUGUUGCACUUUUUAACACAUUUUCAAAGACUUUGCAUUCACUUUGGAACACGAGUAUAUUUUUAUUUUUUUUUUAAAUUGGGUGAACAUUACAACAUGUUUAUUCUUUGUACUUUAUAUAUUCACAGGUUUAAAAAUCUUUUCAAAACUACUGCAUUGACAGCUGAAUUGUUGCAAAACAUGUCUUAAACUGAUGCAGCGUGCUGUGUAUGUUAACACUAAAUGCCAAAUACUGUCAUACACAUUCCUGAAUGUGGCAGGAUAUUCUAUGGGUUUAUUUUUUAAAUAAAGGUUGUGCAAACUGAAAA